UGACUUCUUUGUUUGUUUUUAAUCUGUGAGUCCUUUUGACGUUUGCAUUUCCAAAACAACACAUGUUUUAGCGAAAUUUUGUUGUGAUUCUUUAAUUUUCUAGGGAAUUUUGUGAACAAUUACGAUUCCAAAAUGCCUAAAACGAAGAAGAAAUUUAUUGAUAAAAAGAAGUCUGUUACCUUCAACCUCGUGCACAGAUCCCAGAGGGAUCCCCUGAUAGCGGAUGAGAGCGCCCCGCAGCGCGUCCUGGUGCCGGUCAACGCAGUUGUUCCUCCCAGCAAAGACAAACAACCUGAUCUGACCCCAGAGCAGAGGAGAGAAGAGCAGCAGAAGUAUGGGAUCUACUUCGAUGAUGACUACAACUAUCUGCAACAUCUCAAAGAUUCAAGAGAAGUCACACUUUUGUACACACCUAAACCGACACACAGACGUAACCAAGAGAAGCCUUCAGAACCCGGCACCAGCGAGGACCUGGACAAGGUCAUCAGUGAGACCCUGCAGCUGCCGAGCUCCGUGUUCGCCUCCGAAGUGGAGGAGGAUGUCGGUCUACUCAACAAGGGUGCUCCUCAAGGAUUGCGGUUGGACUUAGAUCCCGAUGUAGUGGCCGCCCUUGAUGAUGACUUCGACUUUGAUGAUCCCGAGAACCAGAUUGAAGAUAACUUCAUAGAGCUGGCUACUGGAGGAGAUUUCGACGAUGACUUUGAUGAAGAAGACGAGGAUGGCACAGACAGCGAGUCUGACGAUGACCACUCCAACCAGGCCUUCGGCUCUGACAUGGACUCUGAUGAUAGCGGCGAUUCACAAGACCGCUCCCGGUUGCCCAAGAUGCCGUCCUGGACCGACAAGGACGACACCAAGUCUCGCUUCUCGCAGUACUCCAUGUCUUCCAGCGUGAUGAGACGCAACCAGGGACUCAGUCUACUGGACGAUAGGUUUGAGAAGAUGUUCGCCGAAUACGACGACACAGAGCUCGGGGCGCUAGACUGUGAAGAGAUCGAAGGUUACCUCCCCGACAGCGACGGCAUGCUACUGGAGGCGGCCGAGGAGUUCGAGCAGUCACGGAGGAGCUACCAGCUCGACAAGGCCAAGGAGAUCGCCAGAAUCCAGCGCCUGGCCGAGAUAGCAGAAGAAUCCUCCGGGUCCGACGAGCUGGUCACCCAGAGAGUGGACGAGCAGAAGCGCUGGGACUGCGAGUCCAUCCUGUCCACCUACUCCAACCUCUACAACCAUCCCAAACUCAUUGAGGAGCCCAAGAAGCCCAAGAUCAAGAUCAACCCUAAAACCGGCAUCCCAGAAGACACUCUCGGCAAGGAGACCAAGCUCACCAUGAAGUCCCUCGCCAAGUUCAACGCGAUGCAGCUAGAUGGCGCCAGCAGCGACGAUGAUGCGCAAACGCACGCAGAGUCGGUGUUGUCCACUUUGAGCGUACUGUCUUUGAGGCCCAAAGACGAGACCCCAGAAGAGAAAAAAGAACGCAAGCGUCUCCUCAAAGAGUACAGGAAAGAGAGACGCAUCGAGAAGCGAGCCAACAAGGACGCCUUCAAAGAAGAGAAGAAGAGACAAGAGAAGAUCAUGUUGAACAACAGAGCCAAUGUUCAAGGGAACAGGAUACUUUGAAUCUGUGAGAGCUGGGAGCUGAUGUAUGUUGUAAAGUUGUAAUAAAUAGGAUUAUUUAAGGA